AUGACGAUUCCUACACAUGAUGAUAUUUUAAAGGUUGAUUUUGAUGAUGUAUAUAUGAGAUCUAAUGAAAAUUAUAAUUCGAUUAUAAGUAGAAACUGGAAUGAAUAUAAACACCAUAAUUUUACUGAUUUGUGUAGUUAUGCUAAAUAUGAUAUAUGUAGAAACUCUAAAGGCGUUUCAUUUACUGCUGAUUGCCGAAAACUUGUUAUUCUUUUAGAUAAUAUGAGUCACAUUUUAAAUGGAAACCACCAUAAUAAAAUAUACUUUUGCAUAUACUUAAACUACAAAUUACAUGAAUUGGUAAAAAAUUAUAAUUGUAUAGUAAGAAACCCCAUAGAUGUAUACAGAUACAUGACUGAAGCAAGGAGAACUUGGUUUAGCAGAACUAUACCUAAAACUUGCGUUGGUUACCUUGUAGAUCUUGGUGAUGAGACGUUUUUAAAUUUCAGAAAACUUGAUCAAUUAUAUGACAAUUUUUAUAAAUUUAAAUACAACAAACAUAGUUGUAGUUAUGCUGAAUAUUGUUCUAGAGAAUAUAAGAAUCUCUUAAGAACAAGUUCAAAUGAGCAGAAUAUGGAUUUUCACGAUUUAUUAUAUGAAUUUAUAUAUCAUUUUGAAAAAUAUAUGAUAGGAGUAGAAAGUUGUAAAGACUUCUCCCAAUGGGGGCAACCACAAUCAAAAACAAAUAGGAGUGCUGAGGGAAGCACAAACACAUCGGCAAUGAAAGUAACAAGAGAAAUGGGAGGAAUAAAAGAAAUAGAAAGAGUAAUUGAAAUGGAUGGUACAGGAAAAAACAUACUAAAAAUAAUAAGUGAAAGGAAAAAAACACUAGACAAAGCGAGGCUCAGCCCACAUACAGGCACAGAAACAACAGUAAGCUCUGGUAUGGCUGUUCUAUUUUUUUCAGUGUUAAUAAUUGUAUUCAUUAUGUAUAAGUAUACCGCUUUUGGUUCAUAUUUUAAUCCAAGGAUGAGAAAAUUAAAAAGGAAGAUGAAAAAAAAGGAUAAAAAAAACAUGAAUAUCAUGGGUUCACAUGAAUGGAUAUACAACAAUGAAAAUGGCAAUAAGUAUCAAAUACAGUAUAGUUAUAUGGAUAAUUCGUCUUAA